AAACCAAUAAUUAAUUUGCCAGCCAUAGUACUUGGCAUAACCUGGCUGUUUAUUUUUUUGAGGUCUAGGCCUGACAAUUAGCCUUAAAUAAUUUUUAGUUUUUAUUUUUUGCUUUCGACUGAAAUUAAAUUUGUUUCUCUCUCCCCUUUGUUUAAUUGCAGGAUGUCUUGCAUAAAAUAUGUGUCCCACACGGCCAGGUAAUGCGCAUUGUCAUAUUCAAAAAGAAUGGCGUCCAGGCCAUGGUGGAAUUCGACAGCUUGGAAUCGGCAACCAGAGCCAGAGAGAAUUUAAAUGGAGCUGAUAUCUAUUCGGGAUGUUGUACUUUGAAAAUUGAUUUUGCCAAGCCGGAAAAAUUGAACGUCUACAAAAAUGAACCAGAAACCAGCUGGGAUUACACUCUCGCCACUGCAGUUAAAGAAAUUACCAAUGGACGUUCACCUUUGCUUCAGGAGCCACUCUAUGGAACUCGAGCUCAGCAGUACAUUAGCCUAAUCUCGACUCCGUCAAAUUUUUGUCCAUUUAAAGAACAACCAUUGCUGGGACCGGGCGCUGCAUUCCCACCAUUUGCCGGACCAGAAUUCCAUCCCACCACACCGGAGAAUUGGAAAGGUGCCAGUGUCCAUCCCACAGCAUUGAUGAAAGAAACAGCUGCAAUACCCGGCCGCAAUACAGCAGUGGCGGCAUUUACCGCCCAGGGACAGGCACAGGGAGCUGUCAUGAUGGUUUAUGGCUUGGAUCAGGAUACAUCGAACACAGAUAAACUCUUCAAUUUGGUCUGCUUGUAUGGAAAUGUUGCCAGGAUCAAAUUCCUUAAAACCAAAGAGGGCACUGCCAUGGUGCAAAUGGGCGAUUCAGUGGCUGUCGAACGUUGCGUCCAACAUCUGAACAACAUUCCCGUUGGCACAAAGGGCAAAAUCCAAAUCGCCUUCUCCAAACAGAACUUUUUGUCCGAAGUCAUAAAUCCCUUCCUAUUGGCCGAUCACACACCCAGCUUCAAAGAAUACACCGGUUCAAAGAACAAUCGUUUCCUAUCGCCAGCCCAGGCUAGCAAAAAUCGUAUACAACCACCGAGCAAGAUUUUACAUUUCUUCAACACACCACCUGGUCUCACCGAGGAUCAAUUGAUUGGCAUUUUCAAUAUCAAAGAGGUUCCUGCAACAUCUGUCAGGCUAUUCCCCCUUAAGACCGAACGUUCCUCAUCGGGUCUGAUUGAAUUCCCCAAUAUUGCCCAGGCUGUUUUGGCCAUCAUGAAGUGUAAUCAUCUGCCCAUUGAAGGCAAAGGCACCAAAUUCCCCUUUAUUAUGAAGCUAUGUUUCUCAUCAUCGAAAAGUAUGAAUGGUGCCUGGAAUAAUGCCGCCAAUGAGGGUAUGAUUGAAAAGGAGAACGAUGCCGAAAUUAAACAAGAUGUUGGCUAUAACUGAGAUGAUGCCCUAAUGAUGUCGGCGGCAUCAUUACAGCAGCAGCAGCAGCAACAACAACAACAUCAGCAGCAACAACAACCACAACAUUAAACAAAAGAAAGAAGACGUGAAGACAAAGAUGUUAUAAUAAAAUGAAACAGCAAAACAUAACCCACAAUUAAAAUGGAAAAGCUACAAGGAAAGAAGAGAUUUUAUUUGAAAGAAUGAGUGGAGAAGAAGAAAAUACAGUAGCAAAGAGCAGCUAAAAUAAAUCUGAAGACAAGAUGGUAGACAGGUGUGCUACAUAAAUUUGAAUUAUUUUGAGUUAUUUUAUUUUUAUUUAAGUUUUAAUAACAAAAAACAACUGAGAAGAGGCCUCACCCAAGGAAGACAAAAAGGUGCAAACAACAAAACAAGAACAACAAAUAGAAUUUUAGUGAUAAUUUAAAACAAAAAAAAAACAAACAAAUUCAAAGCAUGCUUUUAGGCUUUCUUCCUCAAUUGAUGAAAAUAUGAAAUAAAUUAAACUGAAAGAAAUAUUAUUAAUUUAUAUUUAAAUGAAUUUGCUUAUUAUUUUUUUGUUGUUAUUACAUUAUAUAGUAUAUAAUUUAAUAAUUUUUGUUGUAAUUUCUAUAUAUAUAUAUACACACAUAAAACUUAUAAAUAUUUUACUCAUCAUCUCACUUUUGAGUUGUAAGGUUUUUUUUUUUCUAUUGAUUAAUUAUUAUUAAAUUUUCAUUUAGUUUGUAACGAUGGAACUUUUACCAAUCAAAUCAACCAGCAAUUGUUGUUUCUCAUUGUUUUUUCUUAAAUAAGUUUUUUUAUUAAUUAUUUUUAUUAUUUUGUUUUAUUAACUUCCAUAUAUAAAUAUUUAUAUAAAUAAAAGAAAUUAGUUUUUAUCUUUAUUAUUAUAAAAUAAAAAACACUUGUGUAAAAAAAAUCUCAAAAAAUGAAAAUGUGAAAAAUAACCAAAAAAAAAUAUUAAAAACAUGAAUGAAGAAUACAAGAAACCAUGAUUUGACAAUAUAUAUAUAUAAAAAAUAAUCUAAUCUAAAUAAUAAUAGAGAAGAUAAAAACAAACAGAUUUACAAAAAACAAAACAAAAACACAAAAAAUAAUUACUAAAACUCUAAGAAGAACAAGAUAAAUGGUUUUGCUUAUUUUUAUUUCUUUUUUUUUUCGAAAAAAAAAACAACACAAAAAAUCGUAGUAUUAUUAUCAAAUGAAAACAAAAAAAAAACAAAAGGAAAACAAAACCAACAAAAACAUGAAAUACUAAAAAUAUAUACAAAAAAAGAUGAAAAUGAAAAGAAAAAACAAUAUAAUUAUGUAUGUAUGUUAUUUUUACAAUGUAAUUAAGAAAUUAUGUGCUUACAACAACAACAAGAACAACUAAGAGUAUAACAAUAGAAAAACACAAGACAACUGCAUGCUUAACAAAACCAACAACAAAUACCACAAGAGCAACAAAUUUAUUUAGUUUACAACUUUCGAUGAGAUAUGUUUACGAGAGCUCUACAGGGUAGCCCAAAAUGUAUGUGAAUGGGGGAAGUGUGGAUGAUGUGAAGAAAGAGGUUUAUGGAUGGCCACAUUCAUGUCAUUAUUUUGGGGAAAUGGAAACCUAUUAUUCCCAUAAAUUACCAUAAGGAAUUUUUAAAAAGAAAAUAUCCUGGAAUUGUCACAGAAAAUCUGCAAAACCUCUUGAAAAAGAAGACCAAUACUAUUUUUUAUUUACCCUACACCACAUAUUUGUAAGGGUAUUAUGUGUUUGUGCAUUUGUUUGUAACAUGGAGAAGGAAACGGGAUAAACCCAUAGUUCCUUUUUGGCUGAUCAGCAUAGAAUCACUUUCUUAGGCGAUUUAUGCAUAUCCGUCGGUCUGUGUGUCCAUCUGUCUAUGUAUUUUUGUAAACAAAAUGCAGGUCGCAUUUAUUAUUCGAUUGAGCUGAAAUUUUCCAAAUAAUAUUUGUAUGGCUCAUGGACGAACCCUAUAGGAAUUGGAUUGAAAAUCGGUCCAAAUUUAGCUAUAGCUCACAUAUAUAUCUACGACCGACCUAUCAUCAGUCCAAAUGGAGUGAAUUUCGGCAUUUCCAAAUUUAUAUUAACCUCCCACAUAUAUCUACGACCGAUUUUCUGGUUUAUUGUGGCCCAAAUGACUAAAUAUUAUCAGUCCAAAUGGAGUGAAUUUCGGCAUUUCCUAACGAAUUCAGUCGACAAGCAUGUAUUUUAAAUUUGUUGAAAAUCGCUUCAGAUAUAGCUAUAGCUAACAUAUAUAUGCGUUUCAUCCGUUUUUAGGUUUCUUGUGCACCAAAUGGCUAAUAUCAGUCCGAUUGUGUGAAUUUCGGCACUUGCGACCGAAUUUAGUAUAGAAUGAUGUACUUUAAAUUUGAUAAAAAUCGGUUCAGAUAUAGCUAUAGCUCCCAUAUAUAUAGAUAUGUUUCAUCCGAUUUGGUGUUUAAGUCACUCAAGAAUAAUAUUUGGUACCAGAUAUCAGAUACAGCCAAGAAAUAACUGUUUUCAAUUUUAUAAAGAUCGGUUCCGAUUUGGAUAUAGCUCCCAUUAUCCGAUUUCAGGUUUAUUGUGCGCCAAAUGGCUAAUAUUAGCCCAAAUGCUAUGAAUUUUCACAAUUCAACAGAGUUUGGCAAAUUUCCUUAUCUGAUUUGGUGUUCAAAUCUCCAACUUUCAGCAGAUGCACUCUACCAUAAUGAUAUUUUGUACCCGAUAUCUCAUAGAGCUCAGAAAUUGCAAUAUAAACCUUUCUUUUACAAGACCUCUACUAAAUAUGCAUAGGGGUGUAGGGUAUCAUAUAGUCGGCCCCGCCCGACUUUUGAGCUUUCCUUACUGGUUUAAAAAUAUAGAUUCCCCAUGAUCUUGGCCAUUGGGUCGGAUGGUAUCCAUUUCAAAAUAGAACAAUUUUUUAUGGUUUUUAUUGAGAGUUAAAAAGUCUUCUGACAAAAGUCCAGAUAAAAUUCUUUCUCAAAUUUCAAAAUCAUUUAACAAAUGCCCAUUCAAUUGGACAUUCCUAAAAAUGAUUUGAUUUUUAUAAUCUCCUCCUAUUUUUACCCCCUCAUUAAUAUUUUGGGCCACCCUGUACCCCUAAGAUAUGCAGUAUUGUUUCUAAUUUAAUUUAAUUUGAUUAUCAUUUUGGCAUAAACAAAAGCAACCAACAAAAAAUUUAAUUAAAUGAAAAUGAAAAAGAUAAUGGAAUGCACAACUUUUUACAAAUUUACAAUUUUACCAAGCAAACAACCAACCAACAACAAUUAAAAAAAGACAUUUUUGUGCUUAAUUUUAAAUAAAUAUUGUAUAAUUAAUUAAUUAAAUAUUUUUUUUUAACAAAACAAAAAAAAAUUGAAUAAUUUAAAUAAAAAACAAAACAUAUAUGUAAAAAACAUAAACAAAAACUAACAAUUAUUAAUGUAAAUUAAGAGCAGACAAGUAAGAUUUUUUGCAGGCAAAUAAACAAACAAAAAAAGAAAGAAGGAAAGAUAAGAAGAAAACAAACAUGGAUAGAAAGAAAAGUGUUAAAUGAAAGCUAUCUAAGAUUUUGUUUUUUU